AUGAAGACCAAGACUCCCAGAACAGGACCAGUCAAAGCUGGUCCCUUUGGUGAUGACUUCCGCACAAGCAAAAAAGAUAAGCGCCAGAUCAAGCAUGCGACGCUGAUGUCCAAAAUCGCCAAAAACUCCAAGACGCCCAAGACACGUCGCCCCUCCAAGAAGCUGGUCGCCAACCUCGAGUCGCUCGCCGAUGCUCUCCCAGAGACUGACCAAGACUCCCACCAUGCUGCCAGCCAAGUGAAUGUGAUCAAGCAAACAACAAUCCGCCACAAACCUGGUGCGAUGAAGCGUCGGGAAAAACUGGAGAAGAUAGAGCGGGACCGAUUUGCGAAGAACAUGGCUCAGCUAGCCACCAUUCAGCCUGCCCCUACAGAGGCUACGUCUGAAACCGCUCCGACCACAAACCGUUGGUCAGCGUUGCGCAACUUUAUCUCUCAGACGAUGGAACAGCAGCCAGUUUUCAAGACCAACAAAUGA